AUGUUCCCCUUAAUAACCCCCACAUAUUUCGGUUUUCCGCCCUUUUUUUCCCACGCCUUCGCCAAAACAGCCGCGAAAAACGGACCUCCAAAUAUCCGGUGCGAGUCCAAACCCGCCGGCGAUAGCGUCCCGACCCGUAAACAAACCCCGGAGCUAAAAUUCGAUCGAAGGGGCUUUCUUCUGCUCGGAUUCGGAUCCUCCGGAAUCUACAACACCGUCUCAACCGAAAAACCGCUGUCUCCAGAUUUCGUAAACUGCGGCGACGCCGUGAGGCCCGACGGCCGCCCCAUCGACUGCUGCCCCGACCCCGGCUCGCCUCCGUCCUCCUCCGACGUCUCCGAUUUCGUCCCUCCCACCGCCGCCGCCCCCACCCGCCGCGUCCGCUCGGCGGCCCAGACGGCCGCCGGAGCCGCCGCGCUGGCCAAGUACACGAAGGCGGUCGAGCUGAUGAAGAAGCUCCCGGCGGACGACCCCCGCAGCUUCAGGCAGCAGGCCGACGUCCACUGCGCGUACUGCGACGGCGCGUACGCCCAACGCGGCUUCCCGGACCUGCGAUUCGAGAUCCACGAGUCGUGGCUGUUCUUCCCCUUCCACCGGUGGUACCUCUACUUCUUCGAGAGGAUCUGCGCGCGGCUGCUCGACGACGACGCCUUCGCCCUGCCCUUCUGGAACUGGGACGGCCCCUCCGGCAUGGAGAUCCCGGCGCCGUUCGCCAUCCCCGGGUCGCCGCUGCACGAUCGACGCCGCGACCGGAGCCACCUCCCCCCGGCGGUGGCGGAUCUGAACUGGGACGGCUCCCCAACAGGCCUUUCCCCCGAAAAGCAGAGGUACUACAAUCUAAGCGUGAUGUACAAGCAGAUGGUCAAUAACGGUGUUACUCCCAGGCUUUUCAUGGGACAACCGUUCAAAGCCGGUGAUGACAUCAGCUUGAUAAACGGAGCCGGGUCAAUCGAGACGGCUCCUCACAACACGAUUCACGUCUGGACUGGAGACCCGAGAGAGCCCAAUGGAGAAAACAUGGGCGUGUUUUACUCCGCGGCUCGGGACCCGAUCUUCUACACGCACCACGCAAACAUAGACCGAUUAUGGACCAUAUGGGCCGACAAGUUAGGCGGGAAAGUGUUCACCGACCCAGAUUGGUUAGAAACGUCGUUCGUAUUCUACAAUGAGGACAAAAAGCCCGUUCGGGUGAAGACAAAGGAUUGCCUCGAUUUAUCGAGGCUCGGCUAUGCCUACCAAGAAAUCGAGACCCCGUGGCUCAAUGCAAAACCAAAACCCCGUCUACGUGAGGUUAGGGUUAGGUCACCUGAUGAUGUCAUUACUGACGAUCGGGAUUUCCCGAGGGAACUAAACGAGUCUCUAAACAUCGUCGUUAAACGGCGACCAUCGAGGAAAAUGAGUAGUAGCGAAAAAGAGAAUAUUAAUUAUGAAAAUGAGGAAGAGGUUUUGGUUAUAGAGAUUACCGAGUAUAAUAUCGGUCGGCACGUGAAGUUCGACGUGUACGUGAACGAGGAUGACGUGGAGUCGUGCAUGCCGGAUAGCACGGAGUUCUUGGGGAGCUUCGUGAGCGUGCCGCGCGGGGGUCACGAUGAUGAUGAUGUCGUCGUGACGUCGGCCAGAGGGGCACAAAGGUUUGGGUUGUCGAAUGUGGUGGCGGAGUUGGGUGUGGAGGAGGACGAGGUUUUGAUGGUGACGUUGGUGCCGAGGACGGGUUGCGCGGGGUUGACGGUGGGUGGGGUGAGGAUCGAGUUCGAUGCGUCCGGGAGUGGUCCGUAG